AGACUAACGCCCUCCGCCACGAGUCUCCUCGCCCGCCAGUCAAUCCGAACUCCGAACUCCUCACCACUCGAACACUCGCUCAGCCAUGGCCGCCAUCCACACCGUCUCCGCCAACCAGCUCCCCGUUGCCAUCGAGUGCAACGACGGCCGCCUGCUCUUCGUCAACGUGGCGCGCGACGCCACCGUGGCCGGCCUGGAGGACACCGUGCGCGCCGCCCUCAACGGCAAGAAGCUCUCGCUCAUCAUCGACGGCUGCACGCCCGCCGCCGGCACCGCGCUGCGCGACCUCAGCGACGCCUGCAAGCAGGCCGACGGCUUCCUGUACGUGGCGGUGCGCGCGGAGAAGGCGAUGGGCGCUGCUGCCAGUCCCUGCUUCUCCAACGACGCGGCUGCUGUGUAA